AUAAUAACGAUGAGAUGAAAGAACAGUUUUCAGACAUGGAAAGAAGAUGACGAUGAAGGGUGAACUGAAAAUCAUCGCCAUAGUUUCAAUGGCUUUGGUGCAUCAGUUGUACAUGUGUGAAUCAAGCAACUCCCUCCACCCUCUCAUCCUCAUCCCCGGAGCUGGUGGGAACCAAUUGGAAGCUCGCCUCACCAAAGACUACAAAUCCUCCACCUUAUUUUGCAGCCGUUGGAAUCCAAUCAUGAAGGACUCACAAGGUUGGUUCAGGCUUUGGUUCAGCCCUACUGUUCUGUUGGCUCCAUACACAGAUUGCUUUGCUCACCGGAUGACACUUCAUUAUGACAAAGAUUCGGAUGAUUACAGAAAUGAAAUUGGUGUUCAAACUAGAGUCAAUCAGUUUGGAUCAGUCCAGUCUCUUCUCUACCUCGAUCCCAAUCUCAAGAAGAUCACAACAUAUAUGGCCGGGCUGGUGAAUUCUUUAGAAGCAAUUGGGUACGUUAGAGACAAGACCCUAUUCGGAGCACCCUAUGAUUUUCGAUAUGGUUUGGCUCCAGAAGGUCAUCCCUGUGAAGUGGGUUCCAAGUUCCUCAAGGAUCUAAAAGAAUUGGUGGAGAAAGCAAGCAAUUCAAAUGGGGGGAAAUCAGUAAUACUGGUGACUCAUAGCUUAGGGGGACUUUUCGCCCUCCAAUUUCUCAAUCGAAACACACCCUCUUGGCGUAGGCACUUCAUCAAACACCUUGUGACCUUGUCUACACCAUGGGGUGGAUCAGUGGAAGGGAUGCGCACAUUCGCAUCAGGGAACACACUCGGCGUCCCACUCGUCGAUCCAUUGCGUGUUAGAACAGAGCAACGGAGUUCUGAAAGCAAUCUAUGGCUAUUGCCCAACCCCACAAUCUACAAACACAAUAAGCCGAUAGUAAUGACUCAAUAUUAUAACUACACAGUGGAGGAAAUACCUCGUUUUCUGAAGGAUAUUGGAUUUGAGGAAGGUGUUUAUCCUUACGAAUCUCGCAUUUUGCCACUCAUCGAACAUUUUGAAGCACCUGGGGUGGAUUUAACUUGUGUAAUUGGAGGGGGUGUGAAGACGCCGGAGACUCUGUUGUACGGCGAAAAGGGGUUCGAUGAACAGCCGGAAAUGGGCUAUGGGGAUGGAGAUGGGACGGUGAAUAUGGUGAGCUUGCGGGCGCUUGAGAAAUUAUGGGCAGAGGAGAAGAAUCAAACGCUGGAAACGAUCGAGCUUCCGGGUGUUUCUCAUAAAUCCAUUUUGGAUAAUAGAGAUGCUUUGGAUGUAAUAAUUAGGGAAAUUUCUCGCAUAAAUUCUAUGGCCUCUCGGCUGCGGCCGCACACAUCUUGAGGCUUCAUUUUGUUGACAUAAAAUGAAAAAAAUACAAACAUUUUGUUGACAUAAAAAAGUUUAAAA